CGGCUGUCGAAUGGGGAACAUCGCUAUAAUUGGGAGAAAGCCAUGGAGGAUAGAAGGAAGCGCCGGAGGGGUGCAAUUGUUCCUUUUCCAUGGCUGCUGGGUCUCGCCAUUGGACUAACUUCACCGUUUGCCCAGGGUCGGACUCUUCGCUUUGUUACCUUGUUAUAUCGUCAUGGUGAUCGUUCCCCAGUGAAGGCAUACCCCCAGGAUCCCUAUCAGGAAAGUGCCUGGCCACAGGGGUUUGGGCAGCUUUCUCAGGAAGGGAUGCGGCAACACUGGGACUUGGGCCAAGCCCUGCGAAGGCGCUAUGAUGGAUUCCUGAAUGCCUCGUACAAAAGACAGGAGAUCUUCAUCCGCAGCACAGAUUUUGAUCGGACCCUGAUGAGUGCUGAGGCCAACCUGGCAGGACUGUAUCCCCCAGAAGGGCAACAGGUGUUCAAUCCUAACAUUUCUUGGCAGCCCAUCCCCAUCCAUACAGUGCCUGGCUCUGUGGAGCAGCUCCUGAAGUUUCCAUUAACCCCCUGUCCCCGUUAUGAACAGUUGCAAAAUGAAACCCGGUAUACACCAGAGUACAGGAAUAAAACAGUUCAGAAUAUGCAAUUCCUGAAGAUGGUGGCACAAGAGACGGGAAUCCAGGAUGUUUCUCUCGAGUCUGUUUGGAGCGUGUAUGAUACACUGUUCUGUGAAAAAGCGCACCAGUUGCCACUUCCACCUUGGGUGACUCGUAAUGUGAUGGAUCAGCUGAGAGAGCUGAAAGAUUUCAGCUUUCAGUUCCUUUUUGGGAUCUACAGACGGGUGGAGAAAGCUCGUCUACAGGGUGGGGUUCUUCUGUCUCAAAUAAGGAAAAACCUUACUCUAGCUGCAAACACCUCUGCACACGAGCACCUUAAAAUGCUUGUGUACUCAGCUCACGACACCACUCUUGUGGCACUGCAGAUGGCUUUGGAUGUUUACAAUGGGAAGCAAGCACCUUAUGCUUCCUGUCAUAUGUUUGAGCUGUACCAAGAGGAUGAUGGUAAUUUUUCAGUGGAAAUGUAUUUUCGGAAUGAAAGUGGACACGAGCCUUAUCCACUGCAGUUACCCAGCUGUGGACAGCGGUGCCCACUGCUGAAGUUCCUGCAGCUCACAGACCCAGUUAUUGCACAGGACUGGAAACAGGAGUGUCAGAUCGCAAGCACAAUGAAAGAUACAGAACUUAUUGUGGCUUUGGCUGUCUGUGGAUCCAUCCUCUUCUUACUUACUCUCCUGCUCCUGACAGUACUAUUCCGUAUGAAGUCACAACCACCUGGCUACCGGCAUGUUUCCAAUGAAGGAGAGGAACAGCCUUGACAAUUGCUUCAGCCCCUCCUGAGGCAGCAGGAAUGAACACUGCGUGCCCCAGGAACAAGAUGGGCUGCCUUUAGUGACUGAAUAUUUCAUUCCUUUGUCUUGAUAGCUGCUUCCAUGCCCAAAGCCUCAGACUUGAAGAGCUUUUAUGAUGAUUGAAAUUGGUCUGUCUAUCAUUUGGGUAAUACAGCUAAGUACUGGGUAUGAAAUACCAGCAUGAUUUGGGGUUGCCGUUUGGUAAUGAGCAAGUAGUUUCAUCAAGGAUGUUGAUUGGCUUCCUUUGAAGCCAAUAUGUUGCCUGCCGCCUUCAGCACUGGGCAGAAGAUCUUUGACUGAAUAUAGCUUCCAACUGGAACCUGCUGCUCUUCAGAAAACUUUAUUCACUCUACUAGUUGUCAUGUGCUUCUCCUUAACUGUGGGAAAGGGGCCUGAAGCUAAACCAGCAAUAACUGGCUUCUUCAGCUGACUCAGUAACUUGGAAUCAGACUGCUGCCUCCCUCGUAAAAUGAAGUAAUCUGUUUUGAGCCCUUUGCUCUGAGGAAUUUGAUCACCAUACAGGACAAAGACUGGGUCUGGACCAAAAGUUUCCCUGCCUACAAUCUACAGAUAUUGAGUAAGAUUGGAAUACACUAUACUUCCUCUCUCUGCAGACACUCCCUUUCAGCCUCAUCAUCACUUUUCAAAAGCAGUGGAGAACUCAGCCAUAUGGUGAUUAUGCUAUGGGACUAAGAUACUUAUCACAAUUGAGACCCAGCUGGAGGAUUUUCAGAGCCAUUCUCUAUCACCAAUUUUGCACCAUGCAAAUAUCUUGAAGCAACACACACCAAAAAGGUGCUUCUUUCAAAACAAAACCAACCACCAAGCUUUUAAUUCUUGUGGCUACAAAGAAAUGUUCAUACAUAGGGGCUGUUUCCAGCUAAACUAGAAUUGCAGUUAUAAAUUGGUCACCUUUUAGGGUGCAUAUGGAGUUCCUCCCUAACAACUCUAACCCCACGAGGUGUAAGCUCUUAGCUAGAGGUUUCCCAUAAAACUAAAAUCCAGUAGCAGAAUGAUCUGUUUGAAACUGCACACUCCUAAUUCUUCACUGAUUUAAUUAAAGGCAAAACAAAUUAGUGUCCUCAGAGCCAGUCAAUACAUAAAAUUCAGUCACCUCAGGCUUCACUAUUGAUACUAACAGCAUAGAACUUCUCCUGCCCCUAGGCUUUGUGACUUUUUCUUUCAUGUUCUGAAAUAAACACAACCUCUGAGACAGAACAGAGAGGAAUACUGCCAAGUACAUUUUAUCCUACAUAAAGAUAAUCUCCGUGUAGGAGGCAAAGCCUCUACAUUUUAUACCACAUGCGGCAUAAGAAUUAAGCAAACCGAUACAGUGGCUGCUGUGCCUUAACAGCUGUAAUAAAAUAACCUCUCAUGCCAUGACAUACAUGUUCCCCCCACCCCAAACAGGCAUCUCCAUACAGGAAAAGUAUUCUAUCUACCUUAUACUUGCAAUAUAAGGAUCCCAAAAUCAAUAGCUCUACAUCUAUGCCUCUUCAAACAUACAGAGAUAAUACAAAAUUCUCGUGUGCAAAUAGCUUACUAGCUUAAAUUGGGAGAACUUGUGCCCCACUUCAUCUGCUAGUUCAGUCUUCAAAUCUCUCUUCAUUACCUGGCCCAAGUCAUAUAAUGUGGAGGAAAAUACCUCUACAAGCACAGAGUGUUCCUUCACCGCUGAAACACAUAACAAGGUGGCUUCUGGCAGCUUAAAGACUAGAUUUAUUAAAGCAUAUUUCAUGGGCUAGAGCCCACAUUGUCAGCAAUUGUGAAAUGAAUCUUGUCAGUGAAAUCCAUUUGCACUGAGAAUCCAUUUUACACCUGAUAAUGUUUCAGACUUCAAAAUGUGCUAUGAAGACCUUUUUGCUGUUCCAGACUUUACAUGAGAUCCCACUGAAAUCUUCCAGUACUGAACUAUGGCACCAUGCCCACAUACUCACAAGGCUCAUGAAAACUUCCACAGAAGCCCAAGUCUUUUUUCAGAGUUCUUUGGCCUUCCUCCCAGAUAACACCACCCAGGGCUACAAUGGGGCCAAGGCUCAACCUAGGAAUCGGUUUCAAACCGAAGACUGAACCCAGAAUACAUAUAUCUCCUUUCCCUCCACAAAAUAAGUUCACUUCAACAUUAGCUUCCUCCUUCCAACCUUGGCCGCUGAGUUCUUCAAAAACUUCUAAGGAAAGGCAGGAGCUUUUCCCAGUUAUUUCUUCUGUUCACCUUAAGUGGCAAAGGGAAGAAAGAAGCUGGGCUGAAAUAGGCAGGCUAGUUAUUAACAAAGUUUUUACCCCAUCUUCCUGCCUUCAUAGGGCCACCAAGGCGGCUAACAAAUUAAAAUCUCAUCUUAAAAACUACUAAAACCAAAAAGAGUAGCAAGUUUUUUUUAAAAAAACAGUGCAUCUAUCUACUCCUUUCCCUAUCACUUAGGCGUCUGGAGGUAGCCCACUUCCCAGGUGAAUGCAUUGUUCCUGGAGAGACUUCAUUACCACAAGCUCAAUGCCACUACAGACAAACCCCUAUCCGUGAGUACAUCUACCUCCCUAACAGCCUUUCCUGAUGCUGCCAUCUUCUGCACAGGCCUUGCUUUUGGUAUAGUGAUUCUUUACUGAUAAGGCUCUGAAUGACUACCCUAUAGAUACUUGUUUCCCCUAUCCUUGUUUUAACAAAAUACUACAGCCCACACACUACAUUUCUGACUGAAAGUGAGUAUGCUUCAGUUGUGGCCAUUCCAAUCUGUUGUUUUCCCUUGCUGAUCACCAGACAGCAUCACAUAGCUCCUGCAAAAUAGGAUGUAAGCACAGAGCCAAAGGAAGCCCUGAAGAAUAGCUGCAAGAACUAGAGCAGCUACUAAUAUCCUGAUUUCUUAGGAGCUAUGUAGCAAAUCAAGAGGGUUAAUUAUUAAAGAUGUGUGCUUUGGCACAUGGAUGAAGUUGAUGUCUUAUGAGUUAUGCUUUGUAUCACUGAAUGAUGUUUCUGUAAUCCACUUUGAUUGCUUUCUUAAUCUUUUUCAUUACAAAAAAGUGGAACUCGA